AUGGACUGCUGUGACCAAAGACGACCCUGUGCAAACUGCCGCAACACCGAGAAGGAAUGCGUCUACGAUGCCUCGCAAGAUGGUAGACGGAAGGAAGUGCGAAAGCGCAGACUCGACGAGCUCGAGUUCCGCAGCAACGCCCUCGACCGACUUCUCUUGAAAUUGAGGAAUUCCUCGCAUGCAGAAGCGCGCGAGUUGAUCGACCUCAUCAAACGAGAUGCACCGCUCGAAGAACUCUUGGACUUUAUUGAGAGAAACCCGGGUGAACUUGCUGAUGAGACGAAGAGGGCUGUAUCUGCAAGUCCCCCUCCUCCAGAAGGCACAGGCAUUCGCCGCAUGCUUGCAAUCAGUGAAUUGAUCGACAUGCCGACAUUUCAAGUCGAAGCCGGGCCCUGGACGACGGUGACUUCUGACAGUGCCUUUGUGUCCCAUGUUCUUUCGGCCUACUAUAAUUGGUUUCAUUGGCACUACGUCAAUUUUGACUGGGAAUUAUUCUUGAAAGCCUUCAAGGAGAAGGAUCUUGAGUCACCCUAUUGCUCGCCCUUGCUGGUGAAUGCCGUCUUAGGUAUGGGUUGUAUGUUCUCAGACCAUCCGUCAGCCCUUGGCGACUCAGGAGACGCCGAAACGCGUGGCCAGCAUUUCUACAAUGAAGCCCAGCGGCUUUAUGAGCUUGAGGGUGAUCGGUUGACGCUCGCCAAUGUCCAAGGGUUUACCAUUUUGAUCAUGCU